AUGCAACGACGUUUUACUCGAGCAUUUAAACGUCAUGUACAUAUUCGAAAAAAUCUUAUUCUUCAAAUUUUAUUUUUAUUUCUUAAUUUUGCUGUUUUUUGGUUACCAGCUGAAAUAAUAACACUUUAUACUAAAAGUCGUCUUCUUAAAGAUACUGUACAAGUAACAAAAUCAUUAAAUAUAUUGCUUGAUCCAUUAAUUAUAACUGGUUUUGAUACACGUUUUACAUCAGCAGCACAACAUUUCUUAUCAAAAUGGCGUCUUGAUGAAUUUAUGGGUCUUUUUGGUUCAAAUCGUUCAAAUACAUUAUCAAGUGGAUCAGUUCAACUGAUGUCAACACGUCGAGAUACACAAACCAAACGUUCACAACAAUCAAAAUUAGGACAUACUGUUCGAAAAACAACAACUCAACAGCAAAUGCCAACAGUUACUUGGAAUAUAAUUGAUGAUGAUGAUAUAACUAUUGUAGAAUCACCAUCAAAUCAUAUUUCAGUUGUAAAUGAACAACGAUCAAAAUCUGUUAAACAACCGACUAUUCAAAGAAAACAACGACAACAACAAAGAAGAAGACGUCAGCAACAAUCCGAAUCAACUAAACUUCGACAUGAACCAAUAAUAAGACGGCAAAGAUCAAAUCAAAUGCGAAUUAAAAAAAAUGAUAAUCACAUAAAAACAAUAACAGAACGUAUUUAA